AUGCGCACCGCUCGGAGCGUUUUGGUGAGCACCCGCAUCGAGUUCGAAAUCGCGCUGGCGCCCCUGCACACCAUGGAUCAGGCCAUUCGCGAGACGGUGUCCCCACCUGGCCUGGUCCAGCCCCCGGACCUGUGGAGCAACUUCGGCCCGCGGUUCCGCGGCAUGGUCGACCUCGGCCUGCCCGCCGACGCCGCGGUCACGUCCGUCAUCCCCGCCCCCGACGGCGUCCUCGCGGACGCCUGGCCGCGCGACGGCUUCGUGGAGAACGGCAUCGGGCUCGACCUGUUCGCGCACCCGAACCCGCUCACGCGCGAGGCGAUGCAGCGCGGCAAGGACACGCGCGAGAUCAUCGUGCAGGGCCCGUACAUGCUCGUCCAGGGCUUCCAGGCGCUGAUUCCGCGCAUCCCGGUGUUUCCGAAGCUGCACGGCGGGGUGCCGCGGAACGCGGCGGGGCAGACGUCCGUCUUCGGCGAGCGGUUCCACGACCCGGAGCCCGACGGGACGUACUUCUGGGGCAUGCUCACCGCGAUCUUGCGCUGGGACCGCUUCCUGGAGACCAGCGGGUUCAACGACGACCUCUCGGCCAAGUACGAGUGGCAGAUCGCGGAGGACCGCGCCGACGGGGACACGGGCGAGACCGCGCUGGUCGUGCACGCGUCGUCGGCGGGGAACGAGGAGGCCAUCGGCACCUACGUGGAGCGCGCCAUCUCGGUGUACGGGCUCAACUGGCGCCUGCGCGCGAGCCGCCGCGCGGGCUGGGAGCCCACGUGGAUCCCCGCGGGGUACGUGGUGUCGAGCUUCCUCGGCGCGCUCGUCGGGCUCCUCGCGGUGGCGCUCCUGUGCGCGCGGCACGAGGCCAUGUGCCUGUUGAACAGCAUGCUGCCGCCGCGCGUGGUCGGCAUGAUGCGCCGCGGCGAGCGCGUCGCGGAGCGCUUCCCGAGCGUCGCGCUCGCGUUCAUCGACAUCGUGGGGUACACCAGCAUGUCGAACGGGCGGGACCCGUCGGACGUGCUCGACAUGCUCGACCGCGUCUUCACGAUGAUGGACAAGUGCGCCGCCGUGCACGGCGUGUUCCGGCUGGACGUGGUGGGCGACCAGUACAUCGCGAUUUCGGGAGCGUACCCCGGCGCGGACCCGCAGGAGUGCACGGAGCGCAUCGCGGCGUUCGCGCAGAGCGUGAUCGAGGAGCUGCGGACCAUGAAGAACCUGAAGGGGGAGCCUGUCCAAGUGCGCGUGGGCGUGCACUUCGGCGGGGUGACCACGGGCAUCGUGGGGUCGACCAAGUGGACCGCGCUGGGCGACGCGAUGAACACGGGGUCGCGCAUGGAGUCCACGGGCAAGCCUGGCGCGAUCCACGCCACGGAGGCCUUCAAGCACUGGGUGACGUGCUCCGGGCGCUGGACGGCGCGGUCGCGCACGACGUGCAGCGGCGACGCGGCGGGGAUCAUGAUCAAGGGCAAGGGCGUGAUGCGGACGUACUGGAUCACGCCGCGCGAGCUCAACGGGAAGGCUGUCAGCCACCGAAUCCUGGACCUUCGAGGGAUGGUGGGAAGCGAGGAUCCCACGGGCAGCAUGACGAGCGGCGGCCCGCGGACGGAGAAGAGCGCGGGGCACAGGGGCGUGCACUUCGCGGAGGGCCCGAAGGACUUUGGCGUGCGGCGUGCCACGAAGAAGUUCUCAGACCUGUUCAGCGGACCCGACGCGCGGAGCAACAGCCGGACGGCGGUCGCCAGCCGCCGGGGGUCGCACCUGGCGCCGAACCCUCCGCUGCGGCACUCCAAUCACGCGGCGGGCUCGCACGAAGUGUAG